AUGGUGUUCGGCUACGACACCCUGGCCAACAGCUGUCUGAGGGGCUCCCUGGCAGGGUGUGGAAAGGAAGUUUUGUGCAAAGACGCUGUGAGAGACGUCAUCGGUGAGGGUGUUUGUACCAAGCAGAGUGGAGACCAAGAUACAGCUAGGCAACUCAGCAGCACAACCUUGGCACAUGAUGGUUUGCUGGCAGGCACUACACUGGACGACGCCUCUGACAGAGGCCCAGAAGCGCUGUCGUCGCAAAGUGAACCUGCUAGCCUCCACCUGGAUCCACUUGGUGUAGAAUGCCCAAUCCCAGAAAGAGACCGAGCAUGCAAGAGCCACACAUUGGCCACGGCAAGGGAAACUCUGCAUUUGGAUGUGUCGCCCAAUGAUGCCUCCGAAAAAGACCGAGACCAUGAGGCAUCACAUAGUGGACCUUCUGUCAUCCAAGUGGAUCCAGCUAGUGCAGAAUGCCCAACCUCAGAAAGGGACCGCACAUGCAAGAACAGCACGUUAGCCACAGCAAGGGAAACUUUGCAUUUGGAUGCGUCGCCCAGUGAUGCCUCCGAAAAAGACGGAGCCCACGAGGCGUUGCAUAGUGGACCUUCUGUCGUCCGAGUGGAUCCAGCUAGAGCAGAAUGCCCACUCCCAGAAAGGGACCGAGCCACUUCAGUGGCGUCGCAGGUUGCAAGCUCGAGUGAACUUACGUGCGUGUAUGUCAUCCGGCCACCCACAUGCAGUACAUGGAGCCAGACAUGUUCAAAAAGGCUAAUAAAAGGUACACAGACGCCAAAGUCUUGGUAUGUCAGCAAAGGCAUACAAACAGAAAAACCUUCGCAAACAUUGGUUGAAAUUCAGGCGUCGACCACAUCCUCCGGUAUGUGA